AUAGUUGUUCAUGUUGCCGGUGCAGGAUAACAAUCCCCGAUGCAGGAUAUAACAAUCUCCCGAUGCCGAGAGAAAAGAGAAAAAGAACCGGCCCAGCCAUUGGUCAUUCACAGCCGAAAUUGCUUCCCCACCAAAAAUCAAGAACUUUCAAACCAAACCCAACAGUUACCAGAUGCUCGGCGAGCUCUAAUAUAGAAUCAUACGUACAUACAGUAAAACGUUUUCUUCGUUGAUGCUCAAUUUCGUCACUUUCUCAAGGUACCCUGCACUGCCGCCACCUGCCCAAUGCUCCUCUUUAAUCUCUUCCUUGUACAACCUGCUUCUACACCGAUUUGGGCAAAAACGAUGGUACUGCUGCAAGAACCUCUGCGGAAACCAACACCUAUGCACCUCGUCGACAAUGGUGAAAUCCACCAUUUCAUACUUGUCGUCGGGAACGCCUAUAGAAAGAUUGCAAGGUUGCAUAAAUUAUUCUACACUUGCACAAGUUACUCAAUAUGAUGAUAAGGGCACUGGGAAAAUGACAUUAGCAAAAGAUUUAGCAUUUCUUAUUGAGGAAUCUUCCAGUCCUAAUGAAAGAAGGCCCAAGAGUCGAAUGGAGCUCAAGAGGUCUUUUGAACUACGUAUAAAGAAGAGGGUGAAGGAGCAAUUUCUUAAUGGGAAGUUUCAGGAUCUAAUGAUGAGAGUAAUUGCAAAUCCUGAAACUCUACGGGAUGCUUACAAUUGUAUUAGGCUAAAUGGAAAUGUUGAUAUAGCGUCAGAUAAUGGUAAUAUAUGUUUUGAACAUAUGGCAGAAGAGCUUGCUAGUGGCAAUUUUGACGUUAGUGCUAAUACUUUCUCGAUUUCAACAAGAGGAGUAAAAAAAGAAACCCUUGUUCUUCCUAAACUAAAGCUGAAGGUUGUUCAAGAAGCUAUCAGAAUAGUCUUGGAAGUUGUUUAUAAGCCUCAUUUUUCUAGGAUUUCCCAUGGUUGUCGAAGUGGAAGGGGCCACCAUACUGCAUUAAAAUACAUCAGCAAAGAGAUCUCUAAUCCUGAUUGGUGGUUUACAUUGAUCAUAAACAAAAAGCUCGAUGCAUCCGUCAUUAAUAAACUUAUCUCUAUAUUGGAGGACAAGAUUGAAGACCCUUAUUUAUAUGAUAUACUUCGAGGUAUGUACGAUGCCCAGGCACUCAACGUGGAGUUUGGGGGUUACCCAAAGGGCCAUGGUCUUCCACAAGAGGGAGUGUUGUCUCCUAUUUUAAUAAACAUAUAUUUUAGUGUCUUCGACUCUGAAAUUGACAGACUUUCAAUGAAAUAUGAAGCUCUCAACUCAAGUUUAAAUGUCAAUGGAGAGCAGCGCAAUUCCAAGCUGCGAAACUGGUUUAGGAGACAGAUUAAAGGAAAUGAUCUAAAAAAUGUGGCUGAGGAGAGUUUCAGUCCAAGAAUUUAUUCUUGCCGCUUUAUGGAUGAGUUGUUUUUUGCAGUUUCUGGAACUGAAGAUGUUGCUCGUAGUUUCAAGUCUGAAAUUGCAGAUUACUUGCAAAAAAUCUUGCUGUUAGAUGUUGCUAGUGAAACAGAAAUUGUUCCCUUUUCAGGACCUCAAGCAAUUCGCUUUCUGGGCAAUCUAAUAAGAAAACGUGUGAAAGACAGUCCUGCUGUAAGGGCUGUUCACAAGUUAAAAGAUAAAGUUCAGGCAUUUGCUUCACAGAAACAAGAGGCCUGGGAUGUUGGAACAAUUAGAAUUGGGAGGAAAUGGCUGGCUCAUGGUCUGAGAAAGGUUAAGGAGUCAGAGAUCAAGCAUUUAGCUGAUAGUAGCUCUCUCUUGAACCAAAUUUCCUGCUUUCGAAAAGCUGGGAUGGAAACUGAUCACUGGUAUAAGCUCCUACUUAAAAUAUGGAUGCAAGACAUUGAGGCAAAAGAAGCAAAGACUGAGGAUUAUAUUUUAUCUAAGUAUGUUGCAGAACCAGCUCUUCCACAAGAAUUGAGAGAUUCUUUUCAUGAAUUUCAGAUGUGUGCAAAAGGAUAUGUCAAUUCUGAGACAGCUGCAAUUCUUGCCCUUUUGCCAAAUACCAGGUCCUGCAGUGAGAUGAUCACUGAGAUCAUUGCUCCUGUUAAUGUAAUCAUGAAGCGUUUGUUACGAUAUGGAUUAAUCACAUCAGAAGGGCACUCACGUGUGAAUCCUCAACUUGUUUUACAAGAUAAAACUCAUAUUAUUUACUGGUUUUCAGGUAUUAUUCGCCGUUGGCAUAGGUGGUAUGGUCAUUGCGAGAACUUUGCUGAUAUAGAGCUCAUAGUUAAGAACCAAGUUUGGCAAUCUUGCAUUCGUACUUUGGCAGCUAAGUAUAGAAUUCAUGAAAAUGAAGUGGAGAAACAGUUUGAUUUAGAACUGAGCAGUAUCCUUUUGACCCAAGAGACAGACCAAGAGAUGACAACUGAGAAUCCAAACUCUCUAGCUUUUGAAAAUGACGAGGGAUUGAUGUAUGGAAUUUCUUAUAGUGGCUUGUGCUUACUAUCAUUAGCAAGAAUGGUGAGUCUGUCACGACCUUGUAAUUGUUUUGUUAUGGGGUGCUCAGCUGCAGCUCCCAGCAUUUAUACUCUUCAUGUAAUGGAAAGACAGAAAUUUCCUGGCUGGAAAACAGGGUUUUCAACUUGUAUACAUCCUAGCUUGAAUCGAAGGCGAAUUGGGCUUUGUAAUAAGCAUUUGAAGGAUUUUUAUUUUGGUCAUAUAUCACUCCAGUCCAUUGAUUUUGGUUCAUGGAAAUGAAGGCUAUAUGUUAUUUGAAAUAUUGAAGAUGCAUGGAUGCUGGCCUAUUGAUGAGUUACUGUUAAGAAACCAGCAAAACUGUUAUCAAUGCUUUUAGGUGCCAACUGCAAAGGAACUUUGCAAGUCUGCCAAAUUUGAUGUGUUGAUGAUGGAAGAUUUGAUGUUUUGCACAAUGUUACUUUGAACAUUUAUGUGUAGAAAACAUAGAAAUCCCUUUGCAAGUCCACCUUCAGGUUAAUAUUGUUUGUUUGCAAGCUUUAAAUUUUGCAUUUAAAUGUGGAUCAUAGAGAGUAUGACCUUACAUUGGUUAUAACUAGUAUGAUUGCUUUGUCCUCCACUGCCCCCCUUCUGUUUAAUGUUUCUGAUAGAACAGCUGGGCCUGGACUCGCCAAAAUGAAAUUACUAUAUUUAUGUUUUCCUGGAUGUA